GCCGAUUGCCGAGUUCGAACUGAGUCGAGCUCGCUCGAUCUGCAUUACAGCUCAAAGUCUCAAACAACAGUCACUGGCCCACUUCAGUUCAGACGAGCUGUCAUUUUUUCAACUCCGAUCGAGUCAAUGGCCGUGAAGCUCCUAUCUUUCCGCCCGACCCACCACCCUCUGCCGCAGGUUCGACGGCCAUCGUCGGUACACUCCCACCGUAACGCCGCCCAAGCCUCAAAUACCCACACCCCACCACCCCAAAAUAUCCCUCCACUAACCCCAGCACCCAACAAGCACAAAUUCCUCAGCCCACCUCUAAAAAUCAAUUCCCACAAUUUAUCAAGAAAUUCAGCCGCCGGGUCACAUUUAAGCUUCCCAAUCAUCUCCGCGGAGGACCAGUGGGGCACCUGGGCGGCCCUUUUCGCCACCGGCGCUUUCGGCAUCUGGUCAGAAAAGACCAAAAUCGGGAGCGCAUUGAGUGGGGCACUCGUGAGCGUUUUAAUCGGUCUUGCGGCGAGCAAUUUGGGCAUCAUAGCUAGCGAGGCGUCGGCUUAUGAUGUCGUUUUGAAGUUUUUGCUGCCUUUGGCCGUGCCUUUGCUGCUUUACCGGGCUGACAUGCGCAGGGUUAUAAGGUCUACGGGCACGUUGCUCUUAGCCUUCUUGCUUGGAUCAGAUGGUUGGAAGAUAGCAGCUGCUCUUAUGGGAAGGCAUAUUGGUGGAGCUGUCAAUUAUGUCGCAAUAUCCGAAGCUUUGGAAGUUUCGCCUUCGGUUUUAGCUGCCGGGCUAGCGGCUGAUAACGUUAUUUGUGCAAUAUAUUUCACCACAUUAUUUGCAUUGGCUUCCAAAAUACCAGCCGAGACCUCAACUUCUGCAGCUGGUAAAGGACACGAUGAAGAAUCGAAAUCUGGUGAUAAGCUAUCUGUACUGCAAUCUGCAACUGCCCUUGCUGUGUCCUUCAUUAUAUGCAAAAGUGCGAUUUUCUUGACGAAAUAUUUCGGAAUUCAAGGAGGAAGCCUCCCAGCUAUAACGGCUAUAGUCGUUAUUUUGGCGACCCUUUUUCCUAAGCAGUUUGCUUACCUGGCACCUUCUGGCGAGGCUAUGGCUCUCAUACUAAUGCAGGUGUUUUUUGCCGUGGUUGGUGCAAGCGGGAACAUACGGAAUGUAAUAACCACAGCACCAAGUAUUUUCUUGUUUGCCCUCGUCCAAAUUGGUGUCCACCUGGCAAUCAUACUCGGGCUCGGAAAAAUGUUCGGUUUUGAGCUCAGGCUUUUGCUGCUGGCGUCGAAUGCGAAUGUGGGCGGGCCCACGACAGCCUGUGGCAUGGCGACUUCCAAAGGAUGGACUUCUUUGAUCGUUCCAGGUAUUUUGGCCGGCAUUUUCGGAAUUGCAAUCGCUACUUUUCUCGGCAUUUUUUUCGGGGAAGCGCUCGAAACCUCAGCCCAAACGCCCCUGAAUUAUCACACAGACGGCCAAAGCUUCGCCGUUAAAAUGGCGACCUCAGUUUUGCCGCUAAACCUCACCGCUUUGUCACCAUCAUCUUCUCCUUCCCCUCCAUCAAAGCCGAUAAAUUUCUCUCCUACCAGCAAUAUUGGCGCCAAAUCUCCGUACGGACAGCCGCCAAACAUGCUCUCUCCUCUAUCUAACAGGUUCUUUCACCGGAAUAAAAUUGCCGGCGGUUCUCAGACUGUCGGUUCUAUUUUGGACAGCUCAACGCCAGUUAUCUCUCCCGACGACCAGUGGGGCAUUUGGGCCGCCCUUUUUUCCACCGGCGCUUUCGGUCUCUGGUCAGAAAAGACGAAAAUCGGUCGUAUGGUUAGUGCUGCACUAGUGAGUUUACUACUCGGGCUUGCGGCAAGUAAUCUUGGGAUUAUUCCGCACGAUGCUCCAGCUUAUUCGGUGGUGUUUCGGUAUUUACUGCCAUUAACAAUACCAUUGCUACUAUUUAGAGCCGAUUUGAAGCAAGUGAUACGUUCAACCGGAACUCUGUUCUUAGCUUUCUUGCUAGGAUCAGUAGCAACUAUUGUGGGGACCACGGUAGCUUUCUUGUUGCUGCCGAUGAGGUCCCUCGGUCAAGACAGCUGGAAAAUAGCUUCUGCUCUCAUGGGCACAAUAAACUACGUGGCGAUUUCCGAGGCGCUCGGCAUAACUCCAUCGGUUAUUGCUGCAGGCAUUGCUGCCGAUAACGUAAUAUGCGCACUGUAUUUCCUUUUGCUGUUUGCAUUGGCCUCUAAAAUACCUCCCGAGGCUGCAAAAUCGAUUAAUAAUGAUUCUUCGAGUCCCGAGUUGAACAAGAACAAAUCAUCUGUUCUCCAGAUGGCUACAGCACUUUCUGUUUCGUUUGCCAUCUGUAAAGCCGGCACUUUUUGCGCUAAAAUGCUCGGAAUUGAAGGUGGAGAACUUCCCGCGGUUACAGCAAUCGUUGUCCCACUUCGCUUCCAACUUGCUUUCGCCACCUGGCACCGGCCGGUGUUUUUCGCGGUUCUUGGCGCGAACGGUAGUUUAUGGAACGUGAUCAACACGGCCCCGAGCAUAUUCCUUUUCGCGCUCGUUCAAGUUUCCGUACACCUCAUUGUGGUUUUGGGGCUCGGGAAAUUAGCGAGGAUCGACCGGAAGAUUUUACUGCUGGCGUCAAAUGCCAACAUAGGCGGGCCCACGACAGCUGGCGGGAUGGCCACGGCUAAAGGGUGGGCCAGCCUUGUUGUGCCUGCCAUUCUUGUUGGGAUUUUUGGCAUAGCCAUUGCAACAUUUUUGGGGAUUGGGUUUGGGAUGUUAUUACAUUUAUUCACUCAAGAGCAAGAAAAGCCUCACGAGUACGCAAAAAGCCAAAUCGUGACAAAAACGUUCAAACCAAAACCACUUGAUAUGCCUUUAACUUCUGCUCUUGGAAAAAACAGCUGGCUUUGGCUAGGCGAGAUAAUCUCAUCCUCUGUGUUUGUGGCUACUAAUGCUAUUUUCUUGUGGCAAAAGAGAAAAAUCGACAUUGAAGGGAAGAAUCAAAUCCAGAAUGUGGAUAUGCCGACACCUGUAAUGUCGCCUUCUUCUUGGCUAUGCAGUUCGGAUAGAGAAAUCGAGAGCCUUCCUCAUCAGUCGCUUGUUCAGUCGACAAACGUUUCGCGUCCCGAUUUGAAGAGUAUACUUCUGGAUUGCAAAGGAUCGGACGUUGGCGUUUUAGUUUGCGGGCCCAAAAGCAUGCGACAUGAAGCUGCAAAAAUAUGCGCAUCUCGACACAGCUGGUGGCAGAUGAUAAACGUUGAACGAGUGGUGUUUCUUUGUUCUUCCAUUCCCUUCCCUUUACUCUGGUUUUCAUACCGCUCAACCAUCACUGUACAUUGAUUGUGUGUGUUUGUGCUUGUUUUGGCUUUCGAAAAACUCUCAUGAUUUACAUUGUUUGAGCUACAUGUGAAAAUUGGUUCACUGUUAAAAUAUUAUGGCCAAGUUCUUUAA